GCCCAAUCCAAAGGUAGGGUUUUCACGCCCUACUGCGAAACUCGGCUGACGGUCCAAAAUUUCGGUGACACUUUCCGCCCAUCACGAACCUCAGAGUCCAGCGUCAAUCAACAAGUCGCAAAUAUGUCUGGUGGAAAGCCUCGUGGUCUUAACGCGGCGCGCAAGCUGCGCAACAACCGUCGCGAGCAGCGCUGGGCCGAUCUUCACUACAAGAAGCGUGCCCUCGGUACUGCUUUCAAGUCCAGCCCCUUCGGUGGUUCUUCCCACGCCAAGGGCAUUGUCCUUGAAAAGGUCGGCGUUGAGGCCAAGCAGCCCAACUCUGCUAUCAGAAAGUGUGUCCGUGUCCAGCUCAUCAAGAACGGCAAGAAGGUCACCGCUUUCGUCCCCAACGAUGGUUGCUUGAACUUCGUUGAUGAGAACGACGAGGUUCUCCUCGCCGGUUUCGGUCGCAAGGGCAAGGCCAAGGGUGAUAUUCCCGGUGUUCGCUUCAAGGUCGUCAAGGUUUCCGGUGUCGGUCUCCUCGCUCUCUGGAAGGAGAAGAAGGAGAAGCCCAGAUCUUAAGUGCGGGGCACUCUCAAGACAAAAAGUGGUACAAGGGUUGGCAUGAGGAGUCUGCGAGGCUUGUUUUCAUCAGCAUACCAUUUUCGGGUUGGGGGAAUCUGGGCUCUCACGGGGUAGGUUUGGUCCGAAGAAUAAGAGAUCAUUUCACACCGAACCACGACGAUCCGACCGGCCAAGAUGAUUUUAUGGGAAUGGCGUCAUUUGGGAAGCUUACAUCUUUUAGGCAAAGAGCCCUCGGACUGCUCUAUGCUGGAGAUAAUGGUUACAUGAAUAUCAUUACGAGUCCGAAUAAAAUCACGCCGAGUGCCCUCCUCAUCUUUGUGGUCUGUCUCUCUUGGUUGGAUUGAGUGCUAUUUUAUGUCUUGCCUCUCUCUGGACAGUGGCUUAGGGAGGUUCUGUACCUAUUAAAGCUUCCAGGUUGGGUGUUGUUCCUCCACUUCUUUAUGUGCCGGAC